AUGCUCCGUCUGUCUUCGUCAUCCUCCGCCGUCUCUCCCCUUGUCAAUUUCGGUUCGCUACAGGACUUCAAGCGGCUAGCCGACACGGUGAAGCAACUGCAUCAUGACUCAACCGUCAGAACCAAGGAGAAAGCGUCCAUCGAGCGGGAAAGGGUGCGGCUGCAGGAGAAAGUGCAGAAGGCGGAAAGGGAGGCGCAGGUGCUGCGAGGGAGAGUGGGCGAGCUGGAAGAACAGGUGCUAGCGCAGGAGCAGGAGCUGCAGGACGCCACCUAUCGCAUGGAGAAGCUGGAAGAGCAGGUGCUGGCUCAGGAGCAGGAGCUGCAGGACGCCACCUACCGCAUGGAGAAGGUGAGGCUUGGGGGGCACGUGGGGAGGGUGAGGCAUGGAGCAGGUAGGAGCAGAGGGACGGAAGAUGAAGAGGUGUGCGGGAGAGUGAGCGAGCUGGAAGAACAGGUGCUGGCGCAGGAGCAGGAGCUGCAGGAAGCAACCUACCGCAAGGAGAAGGUAGGAGCAGGGGGGCGCGUAGUGCAGGUGGGGCAUGGGGCAGGUAGGAGCAGCAUGCGUGGGGAAGAUGAAUUGGUCUGCGGGAGAGUGGGCGAGCUGGAAGAGCAGGUGCUGGCGCAGGAGCAGGAGCUGCAGGAUGCAACUUACCGCAUGGAGAAGGUAGGAGCAGAGGACUCAUGGCUAGGAGAAGAGAGGAAAGUUGGACAGAGAGAGUGGGUGAGCUGGAGGAGUGCAGGCGCAGGAGAAGGAGCUGCAGGAAGCCACUUACCGCAUGGAAAAGGUGAAGCACGGGAGCAGGCUGUGCGCGAGGAGGAGCGGAAGAGCGUGGAGAUUCAGCGGAGGCUGGGGGAGGAGUAUCAGGCAGCUAUGGACGGGCAGAACCGGCUGCAGGCUAUGCUGGAGGAUCAGGGUAAGCGGGUGGAUGAGCUCACAACGCUGCUGAGCCAUAAGGGGUUGGAGUGCAAGGAGGCUUCUCAGAAGCUGCAUUCCGUGAAGGAAGAGAAUAGCAAGCUGCGGCGAAGGCUCAAGGCGACUGCUUUGGCCCAGAGCUGCGAGGCAGGUUCGGCAAGCCCGGACCUGCGGGAGGCUCUGGCUCGGGCGGAGAGGCAGCUGCUGGAGAAGAAGCAGCAGGUGGAAGUGGCGGAGGCUCUUAACGAGGAGCUCAAGGAACAGGUGAGCGGGAGCUGGAAGGUGUUUUGGGAAGUUUCAAAGGGCGUGAGCGCUGAGUGGGGUUGGCAGGGUUCGAGUGUCUGGCAGCUGCUGGAGAAGCAGCAGGUGGAAGUGGCGGAGGCUCUGAACGAGGAGCUGAAGAGCAGCCAGGAGGAUCUUCAGGUGUUUCGGCAGUCCUUCAAGGGGCGGUUGGCAGCAGCAGAGCAGUGUAUAUCGGAGCAGGAGCAGAAGAGCAAAGCACUCAGUCACGCUGCGGAAGCACAUAUGGGCCUGGGGGAGAGAUUGAAGGAGGUGGAGGAGGAGUGCGGGAGGUGGAGGGAGAUUGCUAGAGAGAGCGAGAUAAUGGCGGGUGGGGCGGAGGAGGCGCGUAGGCUUGCAGUGGAGCAGCUUGAAACGAGGAUGCGGGCGUGGGAGAGGGAGAAGGAGGAGCUGGUGCGGAGAAUGGAGGAGUUGGAAGGGGUGGAGAGGGAGAAUGGAGAGAAAAAAACAGAGGGAGUUAAGGAGCAGUUGAAGAUAGCAGAGGAAGAGAGGGAGGAGAUGCGGAGGCGUCUGGAAGAAGCUUUAGAGGCUUGUUCUGAGAGUGAAGCUCUAGUGGAUGCUAUUGAAAAAUCCAGGGAAGGGCUUAAGCAGGAAGUGCAGGGGUUGAGUGAGAGGAAUCGGGAGAUUGAGGCGGAGCUGGAGAGUGUGAGGGAGAGUGUGAGGGAGAGUGUGAGGGAGGCGGAGGAGGCAGUGGAAGAGGCGAAGAGAGAGUGUGAGGAGAUGCGGAGGAGGGUGGAGGAAGGGAGGAGGGCAGAGAGGGAGAGGGAGGAGGAGUUGGAGAGGCUAAGGGAUCAAGUGACGGAGGCUGUAGAGAGGAAAGAAGCGGCUGAGGAGGAAGCUGGGCUCGUAAGGCAGGAGUUGAGUGUGAUGCAGAGGGAAGUGGAGAGUGUGAGGGAGGAGCUAGAAGCGAAGGAAAGAGGGAUGGAGGAGCAGGAGGAGAAGGUGAGGGAGCUAGAGCAGCAGAUUGAGAGGCUUCAGGAGGAGGUGGAGAGGGAGAGGGAGGCUGUUAGGCGGGUAGAAGCAGAGAAGCAGGAGAUUUCCCAGAGGAUUUCUCAGGAGAUUUCUGAGGAGAAGGACGCUCGGGUUGAGGGGUUGGAGGAGCAGAUUAGGGGGCUUGAGGGGGAGGUGGAGAGGGAGAAGGAGCGAGUGGUGUGUGUGGAGAUGGCUCUGAGGAGGAAAGAGGAGGUGCAGAGCGGUAGAGAGGAGUUAGAGGGGAUGGAGCGAGAGAUUGAGAAGAUGCGGGAGAAGGUUGAGGAGGAGGUGAAGGGGAGAGGGGAGGCGGAGGGGA